AUGCGUUACUUCGGCCCAUCCAGUGGCCGCUUGGAGUUCCAGCAAGAAAGUACACCAGAGGCCGACGACCAAGGCAGCAGCCCGGCGACUACUAAGUCUGUCGAAUACAAUCGCUACAUCCUUCCAAUAGAGAGUGAAGUUUACCCGGAAGACUUGCAAAAUGAGUUGGUCGACUUGUUCUUUGAGUAUCAGAGCCCGUGGUGUCAAGUGGUCGAUGAAAGGUUGUUCCGCGAAAGCAUGAAGACCCAAGGGCGAUAUUACAGCCCUUUACUACUCAAUUGCAUCCUUGCUUUAGGAUCUCGGUAUUCGGAUAGGAUUGAUGUGCGGUCCGUGCCGGGAGACCAAAAUACGGCCGGGAAACCGUUUUUGCAGAAAGCAGAAGUGCUUCUGCACUACGACAUGAAGCGGCCGACAUUAACUACGAUCCAAUCAAUGUCAAUCUUGGUCGGAGUUCAUGUUGCCUACGGCUGCGAUGCUGCUGGGUGGCUUCACCAAGGCAUGGCCAAUCGGUUAGCUCUUGAUAUGGGACUCAACCUGGAUGCGGCAUCUCUAGCCGGCUCAAACCUCAUGCCCAUUGAAGAGAUUGAGUUACGGAGGCAGAUUUACUGGGCCUUGUACUGCGACGAUAAGCUCGCUGCCAUCUACACCGGCCGUGUUUGUAAUUUUUUGGACGUUCAAGGCGCCGUCAACCUCCCGUCGAUAAUACCGCCGGAACAAGUGACAGACGGGAAACGCGAUGCACAAGAUAUUGCACAGUGCAAUAAGAAGAUUCUAGUUCACCGAGCGCUCAUCAAGCUCUGCCAGAUAUUGGAGAAUAUCCUACUCGCGCUAUAUGCCCCAAAGCCCCUGUACAAAGGACCGCAGAGGAUAUCUUUUCUCCAAUCGUGCACAUUAGAGCUCAAGACGUGGUUCUAUGAGCUUCCCGCCGAGCUUCGCAUCGACCGCCCCAAUAACAGCCCGCAGGUGUAUACUCUCAACAUGGUAUACCACACGUGCUGCAUCCUCCUCUUCAAACCCUUCCUUCUCCGUCCGAAACAGGCAACCGUUACUCCCAAGACGGACGCUAUCAAACGCGCCGAGGUUCUCUGCGUCGAGUCAGCCAAGAGGAUAUGCCUGGCCUGCAAGAAAUACCGACAGGUUUUUGGCGGCUUCCGCAAGAGCCCCAUCUCAGCGACGCACUGCAUCCUCACGGCGUCCCUGGUGCUGAUCCAGUAUGCAAACCCGGACCCGGACAUGAGCAACAGCGGACGGCCGUGCUGCACGCCGUACAUUGAGCUGUGCCUGGAAGUCCUCGGAGAGCUGUCCACGUCGUGGAACCCAGCGGGCAGAAUGAGGGCCGACCUGAUUAAGCUCCUGUACCAGAAAUACCCCGAAAGGAUCCCGCAUUCUAUGCUUCAGCAGUUCAACGCCGACAGGAACGACGUCGCUGCCGGCGGCGUGCUGAGGGAAACCCCGUCAGCAGCGCAGACGCACCCGAUGCAGACGCACCCUACUCUGGAACAAAACCUGUGCCCGCUGAUGAACAUGCUCGACCCGGACUUUAGCUUGGAUGGCAUGAACCAAGAACCCCAGGCCAAUCUGUUUGUCGACGCUUCUGAUUCUGUUUACAACACGCAGUUCGCUCUGGCAGAUUCAAUCAUGGACGUGGGCGACCUGAGCAGCCAGAACCUGAUGGAUGAUGCGUUUUGGGCGGGGGUGAAUUUCGACUUCAGUUAUGAGGCGCAGACGUGA